AGCGCUCCUAUUGGGUGAACGCGGCAGGCUCCAAGAUGGCGGCAGCGGCAACCUGCGGCGGCGGCAGCGCCGGGACUGCGGGGUCUGUGGUGGCGGCGGCAGCCGGCAGGGGCAACGUCACCAGCUUCCAGAGGAGGGGUCCUAGAGCCAGCGGGACCGACAGUGGCAGCCCUCGCCUGGCGUCCAUUGCGGGCACGCGACCGUCGGUGCGGAACGGGCAGCUGCUGGUGUCCACCGGGCUGCCGGCCCUGGACCAGCUCUUAGGUGGAGGUCUAGCUGUUGGAACAGUCCUGCUAAUUGAAGAGGAUAAAUAUAAUAUUUACUCACCUUUGCUCUUCAAGUAUUUCCUGGCAGAGGGAAUCGUCAGUGGGCAUACUUUGUUGGUCGCAUCUGCUAAAGAAGACCCUGCUGACCUUUUACAGGAACUUCCAGCACCAUUACUUGAUGAUAACUGUAAAAAAGAAUUUGAUGAAGAUGCAUAUAGUCAUAAAACACCAGAAUCUGAUAUGAAGAUGAAAAUAGCUUGGCGUUACCAGUUAUUACCCAAGAUGGAGGUUGGACCUAUAUCAUCUUCAAGAUUUGGUCACUAUUAUGAUGCAUCAAAAAGGAUCCCACAAGAACUCAUUGAAACUUCAAAAUGGCAUGGAUUUUUUCUUCCAGAAAAAAUAUUUCCAAAUCUUAAAGUAGAACCCUGCUCUUUGGCCCAUGGCUACAUAAAGCUGCUUCGUUUUAUCCAGAACAUCAUUUUUGAGGAAGGAUUUGAUGGAUCCAAUCCCCAGAAAAAACAGAAAAACAUUCUAAGAAUAGGAAUUCAGAGUCUUGGCUCACCUUUAUGGGGAGAUGACAUUUGCUGUACAGAAAACCGUGGUAGCAGUCACGGCCUGAGCCGGUUCCUCUAUGUCCUCCGAGGUCUUCUGCGAACCUCUCUUUCAGCCUGCAUCAUCACAAUGCCAACACAUCUGAUCCAGAAUAAAGCAAUUAUUGCUCGUAUCACAAACUUGUCAGAUACAGUAGUUGGCCUGGAAUCAUUUCUGGGUUCUGAGAGAGGAACCAACCCAUUAUAUAAAGACUACCAUGGCUUGAUUCAUAUACGGCAGAUUCCUCGGCUUAAUAAUUUGAUUUGUGACGAAUCAGAUGUCAAAGACUUAGCUUUUAAAUUAAAAAGGAAGCUAUUCACCAUUGAGCGGCUGCAUUUGCCUCCAGACUUGUCAGACACAGUGAGCCGCGCGAGCAAACAGGACCUGGCAGCAUCCGCCAGGCGGCUGGGCCCAGGCUGCGGCUCGAUGGCCGGAGGCGAGAAGCACCUGGACUUCUAGGGAUUCCUCCGCGGUCGCUGCACGCAGAACUCUGUGACACUCUAAUUAUGAUUGCUAAUAGCUUAUGUAAAUAUUUUUCUUAACGAUUUGACCCUCCAAUCCUGGAGGACCAGUCAGGACUGCAAAAUGAGGCCACCGUUCUUCAUCCUCUUAGCCAACUUUUUAUACAGAAAUAGUACAGCAGAAAUACUUUUAUUUAAGAAAUGUGCUUUAUGCUACAUGUAGAGAAAAUAAUUUUGCUUUUAAAUAAACUCAAAAAAAUGUCAAAAUCUCAA